AUGUUCGGACUACUUCGGCCGUCCCGCUAUGUGACGCCACGAUUGACGGAGCACCUGUUGGCCUACCUUAACUGUAUGAGGGAGGAGACAGUAGGAAGUGCAAGGUUAGUCUCUUUGGAUAAUCGCAUGAGACAGUCCCUCACCUACACCAGAACCCUGUUUGAACACAGAGGGGAGUGGCAGGGGCUCUGGAACUUCUGCAUGAUGUCCUCCAUCGUGCCUAAGAAAAACAUGGUGAAGUCAAUCUCAGAAGAAAUGUCCGAGGGCAUCUAUGAAGAUCCGGAUGCUCUUUUGACUGAAAUCCAUUCACAAGAAAAGAAAGAAGAAAUAGUAAAACCUAUACCUCUCCCAAGAAUUAAAUCUUCACUGUACAUCAACAACAACUACUCUUCCAACGCAGCACCCAACCCAGUCAAGUCGAGUUCUCUACAUGAGAAGAGACCAAUGAUGGGCCGCCCGGUUCGUCCUGCUCCUCUUCCACCAGAGAGCCAAGAUGUUACUUCAACCCCAACGGCUGGGAGACGUAGUAGUAAGCCUCUCCCUCCAAAGGUAGGGGGAACGCCUCCUCCUCCCCCUCCACGACCAGACCAAUCUACUCUUUAUUCUUAUUACGGCCAAGUGCCUUCUCCAGCGAGCCCACUUCCAGAGAGCUUCACGGGGACACCUCAACAGUCCCGACGUUCCUCCACCAGCUCCACUGUACCAAGGCCUGUCUCACCAAGACUUUCACCCUCUGGAGAAUGGGCGAAUUUGUCCUUCACAAGCCAAGCAGAGGCCAUAGGCAGACAGAACAGGACUUUAUCUGUACCCUGUCCGGGCUCGUCUCACCCCAGUCUUCCCAGCAGGUCUUCUUCUGUUACAGAGAUCAGAUCACCAGGAUUAAAUUAUUACAAUGAGAGAGACUUUCCCACCUACCUGGAAAUAAUUUCAGAUGAACCCCCGCACGGAAGGAUACGGUCCAUGUCUCAUCACAAUACAGAUAACCAGGCUGACAUAUAUCAGCUGACGACAGACGACAUCCCAGGACUGCUUGAAUGGUUGAAAAGCGAAUCCAAUUUCAUGGCUCCACCUUUGCAUGGUUUCAGCAUAGAGGAACAAAUCAGAUUUCUUGAUCAGAGGGCCAUGAACGUGAGAAAGGCUCGGCGUCUCUACAACCUACUCAUGAUGAGCCGAAAGGAAAGCCUUCAGAAUGUCCUCAAAGAGUUUGAAUUCAUCUGCGAAAAGCUAGACAAGGUGAAGAAGACCAAUAGAAACAUGGGUAUUGCUGGGGGCACGACCGGUGCCGUAGGAGGGGUGGCGGCAGUGGUGGGCAUCGCUUUGGCUCCGGUGACCAUGGGUGCCUCCCUAGUUGCUACAGCUGUCGGUGCUGGGAUGAUAGCAGCUGGUGGAGGAUUCGGUGCUCAUGCUGCUAGAGUCAACAAGAAGAUUGUGAACAGGACAACAGUUGAGAAAAUGGUAAAUGAUUAUAAGUCUGGAGUAGUGGACAUGGAAGAUUGCCUGCAGUUUAUGCUCUCUGAGAUGGAUGAGCUGCGGAGGCAUGACUUUGCCCGGCUACAUUCUACAGCAGCCCACCCAGACACAGUCAGAAUGACAAAGCUGGCACACACCUUGUUCAACAGUAACACCUCCCGCAGGGGAAUGUCUGUCAUCCACCCAGGCGAACAUCUGACGCGAAACGGCUUUAUCGGAAACGGCUCUAUUUGCCGAAAUGGCAGCGUAAAAGUGCAGCUACCAAGCAGCAGCCAACAACACAGUGCAUCCAGCAAGUGCACUGAGUCACUUCCAAUUCAACAAACAUGUCGUCCUUUUUGGAAACCCUCAACACUGCUGCAUUUGACAGCAUAAAAGAGUUCGUACGCACCCUAUCAUCGACACACGGGCCCUUUGUGACCAACAACAGCCACUAUGACCAUGAUGAUGACAAACUCACAGUUUGGCCUGGAAGACAUGGAGGCCCUUCUCUGGGAGCCUUCCUCUCCCAUGGCUGAUGUCAUGGGCUCCCUGUUCGUUAACCCUGACAUAGACGGGCAACAGGAGGGAGGAGGAACGUUGUUGCAGGGGGACACAUCACCCGUGUCGCCCCUCGCGUCUUCAUCGCCAUCUUCCUCCUCCUCUCCGCCUCCCUUCUAUUCUCCUCCUCCGUCUCCGCCGGAUGUCCUCCUCCAUGGGGACAAGGCCGGUACUGAGUCUGAACUCCUUCCCUUCACUUUGUUGGGCCACUCUGAUCAGCUGAGAGGUAGACAGAUGCCCUCAGAUGACAAAGAGGAUGCAGUCAUUGACCUUGACUGGAUGGCAGAGAGGGUGGAUCUGAGUGAGUUUGACCUGGACUCUCUGAUUGGCUCCUGCAGUCCUGCCGAGGAGGCCCCCACCUCUCCAGAGGAGCUGCUUGCUUCCCUGGAUUGCUCCAUGGAGCUCGAACCCUUCCCACUGCCGACACUCCAAACUCCUGUCCUCCCCAGUCUUCCUUCUGCCUCGUAUCCGAGCGCCCCGUCCCCCGCUCUGUCCAGCGAUUGUCCAGAUCCGUCUGUCAUUACAGUGGACGAGCCUCAAUCUUGUGUUGAUGGGCAAGAGGUUCCUCUCUCUCUUCUCUCUGUCCCAGAGCCACAGGAGGAGUUGGAAAUUAAAUCUGAACCUGCCUCUCCAGAUCCCCCCCCCCCGGUGGUUCAUUCUGCUUCCUCCCCAGUCUUCACGCUUGACCUGGGCAGCGAAGUGGACGUCGCUGAGAGUGAUGUGAAGCCCGUGGUCACGACCGUGGUCCCUCAGGUCCCAAGGAUUGUGCUCUCCCUCUCCCCAACCCGCAUCGUCCUCGUGCUGUCUCCCAAAAACAAAGCGUCCGAGGUAGUUCGCUGCCCCCCGCCGGCCUCGCCCCCACAGAGCUCCCCCAGAAGCCGGCCGUACCCCGAGCUGAAGCACGGAGCCACUCCCCCCGCAAACCAUGAAGCAAAGGCCGAAAGGCCAACGCUGAAGGCUCCCAGGGACAAGAAGCAUAAGAAGAUGGAGCAGAAUAAAACGGCUGCCACGCGCUACAGGCAGAAGAAGAGAGCCGAACAAGACGCCCUCCUGGUAGAGCAUGCACAGCUGGAGAAGAAGAACGUGGAGCUGACCGAAAAGGCUGAGUCUAUGGCCAGGGAGAUCGAGUAUCUGAAAGAGCUGAUGGAGGAAGUCCGCCAGGCUAAGCUGAGGAAAGGUCUCUGUGCUGAUCCCUAGUGGUUGGACCUAGUAGCAGUAGAUGGUGGCAGAUAAGAAGCCGACCCCGUCAAUGAUAUAUCUUUCAUAUUACUAAUGAUCAGUAUCGUGUGAUCUAUCCACACUGCAUGUCUUUUAACACUGGUAUUGAAGUAAUGCUUUAAUCGUGUAUUAAGUCGUGGAGAAAGGAGUAUUUUUCCAUUCAGUGUAUACAAAUUGUGCUACUUUUUAUGUAUUUUUUCCUCAUACAAGGCCCUCACUUACUAGCCAGUAGUACGUCUUUAAAGAUUUAAAAUGAGUUUGAUAUACAGUAACCUGACUAAAUGUAUAAUUAUUAAUCUCUUAAUAAAGAGUCGGAAACCU